GCCUUCAAUCUCUACAGCAAAGUGAUUCUGGUCAAAAAUCAGCAAAGCUUAGAAACAGGAAACGUUUUGUCUGGAAGUAAUACGUAUAUAACAGACGGUAAAUAUGGAAGUUUUGGUGGAAAUUUUUACCCUCUACAAGAUAUUCAAGUUUUUCCUCUUGUGAAGUCUCAUCGAACCAAACUAAAAUUAACCAAACUAUGGGGCCCGACGUGCGAUUCUGAAGACAUUAUAUUUGAUCAGCUUCACUUGGCGGACGUCAAAGAAGGAGAGUGGAUAUACUUCGACAACAUGGGCGCCUACAGCAUUCCUCUAUUUACGUCUUUUAAUGGUUUUAAUCCACCAGUCAUAAAAUACGUGAUGAGCAGUGAGAUUCGGCACCACUUGGAGCAGCAACCAAAAAAUGAAAUAUUUAUGAAAGCUGUGAAAUUUCUUGAAAUGCGAUAAAUAUCUGCCGACAUCGACACAAUUUCUUCACUUUCAGAACUUGUUCUAAACACUAAGAAAUGGCUUUUUAAAAAUUAUAUGAGGUAAAAAAUAAAAAUGUGAUAAUUCU